AUGAACUUGGUUUUGCAUAUUACUGUCUUUAUUUUCUUUUGGCUACAUCUUCCACUAUUGCUUGCUGACAAUAGUAACACCGCCACUGCCACCAUCACUGCGAAACCUGGCUGCCAAAGCACGUGGGGGAAUCUAACUGUUCCAUACCCUUUUGGUAUUGGCGUAAAUGUUAGUUGUUCCCUCAAUCCGUCGUUCAAUAUCAACUGUGAUACAUUUUCAGACCCUCCCAAGGCCUUUCUUGGCACAACUGAUCUCGAGGUCACAGCUAUUUUUGACAACAAAAUAUGGGUCAAGAAUUCCUUGGCAUCAGUAUGCUAUGAUAAAGAUGGAAAUGCACCUACCGAUAACUUGGUGUCUAUCAGUUUAAUGAACACUUCUUUUAGCCCGUCUACUGAAAACCAGCUCACAGUCAUUGGAGGUCUUCAAAAUCUUGUUGAAACUUAUAACAUAAAGAAAUGCAAUUUAAGAAGAAAAAGAGAAGUUUUGGCCUGCAAUAUGCAGCAAAAGGCUUGCAUUCUUCUAAUCUUAUGGCUUCCAUUUAGCUUUUCCAUAUCAAAACAGACCAUCAACAACAGCACAAUCGCGCUACCCGGCUGCCCCACCAAGUGUGGGAAUAUUUCCGUUCCAUACCCAUUUGGUAUUGGUUUAGAUGCUGGAUGUUCCAUAGGCCCAUGGUAUGACAUCAACUGUUCUAAAUCUUUUAACCCUCCAAAACCCUUCCUCAGCAGAACUAAUGGAGAGAUUAUCGACAUAUCAGAAACCAAAAUCCGUGUCAAAAGCAAUGGGAUAGCUUACAGAUGCUACAAUCAGACUGGUGGUAUAACUCGUGAAUGUCCAACCGUAUAUGGUAUAGAUGAAACCUCCCCUUUCAAUUUUUCAAACGAAAAUAAAUUCAUAGUUGUGGGAUGUGAUGAUGUUUCCUAUAUGGCAAAAGUGGCAACCGAUAACUUAAUCAGUUCAUGUGCUGCCAUAUGUUCAAAGAGCAGUGACUUGAGUGAUGGAUCUUGUUCUGGAAUUGGCUGUUGCCAAAACUCCAUUCCCAAGGGCCUAAAGAAUUACAUUAAUUUCCUGAACAGCUAUGGAAAUCACACAAAGGUCUCGUCCUUCAACCGCUGUGGCUAUUCCUUUCUUGGAGAACAGUGCAGAUAUAGGUUUCAUCCAUCUGAUGUCUCUGAUUCCAAUUUUGAACACAGAAUUGUAGAAACUGUUCCGAUGGUAUUUGACUGGGUGAUUGGGAAUCAAACAUGUGCUGAAGCUCAGAAAUCCAGUCUAUUUGCUUGUCAGGAAAAUAGCAUCUGUGUUGAUUCUGAUACUGGUCUUGGAGGAUAUCACUGCAACUGCUCCAAGGGAUACAAGGGAAAUCCAUAUCUCAGACCAGGUUGCCAAGACAUCAAUGAAUGCGAGAACAAUCCGUGUCAUCCAUAUGGAAUCUGCACCAAUACUCCAGGUGGUUAUAAGUGUUCUUGCCAGCACGGUUAUUUUGGUGAUGGCAGCAAAUUUGGUUCUGGUUGCAUUGGCCAGCCAAGGGCGGACCCAGACCAUUAG